GAGAAUCGACUCAGUGAUGUUUCCAAUCAAAGCCACGACUCCCAGGCUUCAAACAGCACACUGUCAGCCACGUCCCACGAGGACAGAAAAAAUCUGCCUGUAACCUCACAGAAAGAAGCUUUAGCAGAUAACCAGUCCCCCCAGGAGGAGGAGGAGCUGGAUGAGAUGGAGGUGGAGUACAUUGAGCCCACUGUGCACUUUGCAGAAGAGCCCAUCAUCCGCGGCGGGGAUGAGGAUGACGACGAGGACCGGGAGAACGGCGAGAGGAGUGACGAGGACGACGACAGGCCGGCUGUACCGAUGGAGAAGCAGCGGCUGAUCAGAAAAGACACGCCACACUACAAGAAGCACUUCAAAAUCACCAAGCUGCCCAAACCGGAAGCUGUGGCCGCACUGCUGCAGGGCUUCAGUCACGAAGGGCUCAACUCCACUACACAGGCUGCUGAGGAUGAAGAGGAGGAGGAGGAGGAGGAGGAGGAGGAGAGUAUUGGCACCCCUCAGCACCAUCAUAGAAUAGAAGAACUGGAAGACAUCCGGCAUCAGGGCAGCUCCAGUCAAGUAAAGGGGGUGUCAUUUGAUCAAGUCAAUAAUCUGCUGAUUGAACCUGCUCGAAUUGAGGAGGAAGAGCACUCGCUCAUCAUCGUGCGACAAACAGGUGGCCUGGGCAUCAGCAUCGCCGGAGGAAAAGGGUCUACGCCUUACAAAGGAGAUGAUGAGGGAAUCUUUAUCUCUAGAGUAUCUGAAGAAGGUCCUGCGGCGAGAGCAGGGGUGAAGGUUGGAGACAAACUUCUGGAGGUAAAUGGUGUAGACCUCCACGAAGCUGAGCAUCACACAGCAGUGGAAGCUCUCAGGAGCUCCGGCGCUACGGUUUCCAUGACUGUACUGAGGGAGCGCAUGGUGGAGCCGGAGAACGCCAUCACCACUACACCUCUCAGGCCCGAGGACGACUACUUCCCACGAGAGAGGCGGAGCAGCGGCCUUGCCUUCAACUUGGAGACCUGUCCCAGUGGACCCCGACAGCGGUUCUCCACCUGCCUCAUCCGUAACGACAAGGGCCUGGGAUUCAGCAUUGCUGGGGGCAAAGGCUCUACACCUUACCGUACAGGAGACAUGGGGAUCUACAUAUCUCGGAUUGCAGAGGGUGGAGCAGCACACAGAGACAGCACACUGUGUGUCGGGGACAGGGUGAUUUCUAUCAAUGGUGUAGACAUGACAGAGGCCAGGCAUGACCAGGCAGUAGCGCUCCUUACCGGCACCUCCCCCACCAUCUCGCUGCUGGUGGAGCGAGACCCGAGUGCUCCGGGAGGUUCUCCCAGUCAGAACCGGAGACGGGCCCACUCACCACCACCUCCAGAACCCUCAGAUUCUCCGGACCAGGAUGAGGAAGGCCUCCAGGGGAACCAUCUGGGACGAAUGGAGGAUGAGUAUCCCAUCGAGGAGGUGACCCUGGUGAAGUCAGGUGGACCUCUUGGACUGAGCAUCGUCGGAGGGAGCGAUCAUGCCAGUCAUCCUUUUGGCAUCAGUGAACCUGGGGUGUUCAUCUCAAAGGUCAUUCCUCACGGCCUGGCGUGUCAAAGUGGCCUGCGUGUGGGAGACCGCAUAUUAGAGGUGAACUCCACCGACCUGCGACACGCCACGCACCAGGAAGCCGUUCGUGCCUUGCUCGCCAACAAGCAGGAGAUAUGUAUGUUGGUGCGGAGGGACCCGUCGCCACCUGGGAUGCAGGAAGUUCUGAUCCAAAAGCAGCCGGGUGAGAAGCUUGGCAUCAGCAUCCGCGGAGGGGCCAAAGGCCAUGCUGGAAAUCCCUUCGACCCCACAGACGAGGGCAUCUUUAUCUCUAAGGUGAGUUCGACGGGAGCAGCGGCGCGAGAUGGACGACUGCAGGURGGCAUGCGUAUUCUUGAGGUGAACAACCACAGCCUCCUGGGAAUGACUCACACAGAGGCGGUGCGAGUGCUCCGUGCCGUUGGAGACUCUCUGGUCCUGCUGGUGUGUGACGGCUUCGACCCAGGAAAAGUUGCAGCUGUGGAGGCAUCUCCUGGGAUCAUUGCCAACCCUUUCGCAACUGGAAUUGUCCGUAAGAACAGUUUGGAGAGCAUCUCUUCUAUAGACCGAGACCUGAGUCCAGAGGAGAUGGACAUAAUACAGAAGGAGUCUGAGAUGGUGAGAGAAACCUCACAGUGGGAGAGAGAAGAGAUGGAAAAAGUUGAGCGCAUGCGUUUGGAGCGUGAGGAGGCAACUCGCCUGCUAGAAGAGGAGACGGAGAACGUUGGCACUGGACCUUUAAAACUUGACUACAAAACACUGGCAGCUCUGCCCACCACCAGUCUACAGAAAGUCAACAGGUUCUCGGCUUCUGUCGCUCCCAUGGAGGCCCCCCUGCAGGCCGAGUACGGAUCUCCCUUAGACCCCACAGUCUUCGGGUUGAACCAAUACACCAAACCUGUCAGCCCCGCUCUGAGCCCAGACCACGAUUAUCCUCACGAAUCCCAGUUCUCCCCAAAUGGGACGCCCACGAUCACUGACUGUUCUGGUUCAACAACAGCUGUUAACUCAGCGUCAUCGUUCACUCCUGAAGAGGAAGAGGAAGAGGAGUGCCUGGUGGACUCGCAGCCAAUGUGCUUCCAAGAAAACCCUUUCUUAGUGGCUAAUCGGAAAGGAAGGGGCCGUCCUCCCGGGGAGCAGAUCCUGUCAGGGCCUCCGGUGGGCUACGGCAGGCAGGGAAAGCUGCAGCCCUGGUUGUUCACCAAGGCGCCUUCCUCGGAUUACACCAGGACGGAGAGUCCAAUCAGAGAAGCCCCUUACUCUCCAACUAUCCAGCCGCCCAGCCACCACUCCUCCAACAGCUCCCUGUGUGCAGGCAAGGAGACCCGCUUUGCAAGCAUUCAUUACACCUCCACUCCCACUGUCAAGGACAACACUUCAUCAUCAACGCGACCUGGUGCCAUACAACCGAUUGGCCGAGUGAGGCCCAGCACCUCCCCCGCCACACCGGAGGGCCACAGUCCUAACCCCUUUCAGCAUGGCCCCUCCCCAUUCAACUCCCAGACCUCUCCUCGCGCCCCCUCCCCCCUAUCGCCCGACGAGUUUCCAUUGAAUGUCAAGCAGGCAUACAAGGCGUUUGCCGCCGUGCCUCGUUCACUGGCUGUGCUGGAGCRGCCGCAGGACCUAUAUGCUGGGAAGAACAAUAUCCACCCAAAGCAACCUUCUCCAGAGAGCCCGUCUCCUGGUGGAAAGGACAGCCCAGAACAGCGCUCGUUCAGGGACAGGCAGAAAUACUUUGAGAUUGACGUGAAGCAGCAGACUCCAGAGAAACCYAAACCCAGAGUCUCCCUGGUCGGAGAAGACGAUCUCAAGAAGAUGAGGGAGGAGGAAGAGAGGAGGUUUGAGCAGCGGGCGCGGGAGUACCUAAUGGAUGAAGAUGAAGAGGAUGAGGAGGAAGACCUGGCUAAGCAGGUGGCACAAAUGAAGGCAACAGGAAAGGUCUUGUUGGAUGGAGUAGAGUACAAUGUGGAGCCGGUGUCCUCGCCAUCGCCACACUUCUCCACACCGCCAAACUACAACAUCACACCGCCAAGCUAUGGAGGAAGCUCGGGACCUUCCUCAGUGGAUGGUAAAGACUCCCAAAGGAAUUCACUGGAGGACAGUUUCAGGCAGGAGCAGAGGCCCAACUCUAUGACAGGUCUGACCUCAGUUUACCCCGGAGAGUCGUCGGCUCCGAUCCGCACGGCCAAAGCCGAACGAAGACACCAAGAGAGACURCGCAUGCAGAGUCCAGAGCUGGCUGUGGCCCCUGACAAGGACCUGUCCCCGGCAGAGAAACGAGCCCUGGAAGCUGAGAAGAGGGCCAUGUGGAGGGCUGCACGGCCUUAUGGCCUCGAGGAGGAUGUUAGACAGUAUGAGCAGGACCUGGCUAAGAGGCUCUACCAGGCCAGAGUGAGGGCCUCUCAGGGCGCAGCUGCACCCCCCCAGCCUCAUGCUGCCUCCUCUACCUCCUCUGCAGCCUCCCAGCUCAGAAUGAAGUCUCUGGAGCAAGAUGCACUGAAAGCUCAGAUGGUCAUUGCCAAGUCUCGGGAUGGGAAGAAACGUGGGACAUUAGACCAGCUGACCGAGUCCCCUUCGCCUGCUCCGACUCCUUCCCCCACUCCAAUGGAAGAGUUCAGUCCUCGAGCGUUAACCUCACCUGGCCGGCUGUCCCUGUCAUCAAAGAAGUUUGACUACCGACAGUUUGCCGCCAUUCCUUCUUCCAAACCCGUAUACGACAUCCAGUCUCCUGACACCYCCGAGGACGUGCAAUACAUCGACGCCUCCAGCAACCCAGGGCGCGCCGCGAGCCCCGACGUAGAGAUCACCACGCCGCUGCCUGCCACGUCGGCCUUGGAGGAAAUGGCCCUGUACAGCAACAAACGCAAACUGAGGCAGGGCCGCCGCAGCCUGGAAACCGCUGUGCCCACAUAACACACCACCGAUGGGGGAAACACCAAAAAAAAACAAAAAACGAUGCAACUACAGACUGUGGAGUCGACAGGUUCCUCGCUCACUGCGGUGUCUGAUUUAAUCACAAUUAUUUAAUCACCGACGAUGAAGCCAAUAGUUGCCACACGUAGACACUCACUCUUAUCCUGCGUGCCAGUCUUGCCUUUAUAGUUUGUGGGGAAAUUGGCAAACUAUCAACCACCCCUUAAAGGGUAAGAAAGAGCUAAUGUGGUUAGCUAGGAUUGAUAAAGAUAUUAGAUUAUUUUUUCCUCUCUGGUAGAAUCAGAUCUAUUUUAACUCGAGMGUGGUCACUGUUUUUAGUUUUGGUUUUUCUCUUUGUCAUCAGUGAUCUCAUUUUUAAAUAAAAAAGUGAAAGAAGGAAAAAAGAAAUGGGUCGUAGUUCUACUAAUUAGUUAGAGAUUGGAGUGUAAAUAUUAACUGAGGAGUCAAUAACUUGCUACCUUCACUUAUUGUGGAAAGAUUUGUUUCCCCCUCCUUUAUAAAGCACAUUUAUUCUUAUUUUUUUUUCAUUGCCACUGAUUUGCUUUUUGUAAACCUAAUUUAUUGUUUUUACUUUUUUAUUCAGUUUGAAGGCCUUCAUUUCUUUAGUUUUAACCAAUUCUGAUUAUUUGGACUCGAGGAUAACAGAGGUGUAUCGUAAACCUAAUUCUUCAAUUAUACUACGAGUCUAAAGAUUGUUUGAUUAUUUACAUAUUGCUACUUAAAUCAGCCUAAUAUACACCUGUGGUUCACCAGGGGAGCUGCAUUAUUAGAUGGUUUGGACAAUAGUUGUACAGAAGGAAGAGGCCAAGAAAAAAAAGGCUGUUUUCUUUCAUCUCAGUCGACUUGUGUUUCAGAUUUCUACCCUGCGUUACUUUCUGUACCUACACUGGAGACAGCAGCACUGAGCAGGCAGCCAUUGGGAAUGGAAAUAUUUUGGGAACAUGAAUUUUCAGCUUCAUUAAUUAACGGUACUUACUCUGCUGAGGGUCUUAUUUUGAUUUUAUUUWGAUUUUUAAUCAAUGUGAAUCCUUCCGGUUCUUAUCUACAGGAGGUAAACCACAGUGACGUGAAGGUAGCAGGUGUUUUAUUUUUUACUGUUUAUGGUUAAUUUAAAUCUGAUGCCACUGAAAAAAAAAUCAUUUAUUGUGUGAAUAAUGUACAUUAACUGAGAGCAGAGGGGGAAGUCUGGGUUUGAAGCUGAGCCUGUCUGGACGGUCGGAGCGUCGGGACUCGGGACGUUCUCCUCUUGUAUAUUGGUUUGUUUGUGAGGAGAGCCCUGAGAGGCAGAACCAAUCAGAAAUCCCUCUGGAGACGUGGAUCACGCUCAGCUGGUUUGUUUUCUGCAUCUCUGUUUCUGCAGAGUCACAGCGUCUUCUGUUGAUUUAACGUAGGCGUGUCUUCUAACUUCAUGUUGCUGUCACUGACUGAAAUUCAGUUUCAUAACAUUUGCUGAUUUUUUUUACACUUUCUGUAGUAAAAUAUAUUUUCUUCAGAUGGGAUUCACUACAAUUUAGAUGCUGUUUAUUUUCUUUUUUGUUGUCUUGUGUUUUUCUUUGGGGGCUUUUACUUGCUAAUAGGCCGGAGGGUAAAGGGUCAAGAGUCCUAGGGUCAAAGGUUAUKGCUCAAACCAGACUGUAACUAGUGAAUUUGUACAACCAAAGAAGUCUAUUUUGUGGUUCAGGAAUAAUAAAUUUUACUUUUCAUUUAAGAAGCAA